UUCUAUGUCUAAGGGGCAGCAGGUGAUGUCAAGGGUGACACAUUUUGGGAUGACAUUGGUGAUGAAGAUUUAGCUCAUAUGUCCCAACUUGUGGUUCACAAACAAUCCAUCAUAGAAGUAGAAGAUGAUUACAUUUCUCCUGACCAUUCAGUUCGACAGAAAAUACCAGGAAAAUAUGCCAAAUCUCCAUAUUUGCCAGUUUUUGAUUCUGGAGCAUCAAAAUCGGCGCCCAAGCUCAUUUUUGAUAUCAAGCAUCCUUUCACGAUCGAAAUUGAUGAUUUUGAUACAUUGUCGCCAUUGGCUAAAGAGUUUUGCGCGUUUGUUGAUAAUGGGAUGGAUACGAGGCGAAGUGCCAAACAUAUAUAUCCCGAUGAAGUAAAUAAUCUUGCAGAAGGUUUUACUUUUGGCUCGUGUUAUGUGACCAAGAAGGAUUGGUUCCACUCACUUGCAUAUUGUGGUCGACCUUUGAUUGACACGUUGAUUGUGGUGCUUUUGUUGGCUAGCUUUUGCUGA